AUGUCGUUUCAGGAGAACUAUCUCUCAGUUCAUUCUAUGGCCUCCCCACCAAACCCAUAUACCCUUCCGCUUUCCAACUUUCCAGCGUUGUAUUUUGUCGAUCCAUCUGUCUUUCAUAAUCAUCAUGUUGAGAUACCCAGACCCUCGGACAGCUUACCGAGCUAUGUUGCCGGAGAGCUCGGCAGCGGCCAGCAGCAGGAACAUAUUGGCCGUCUUUUCUUUCACACUAUCCAUGCAUGGUUCCCCAUGGUUUCCCGAAAACGCUUUUAUGAGGACUUGAAUGUGACCGCUGAAGGUGUCGGUGCUGCUACUGACUUGGGUUCCUUGCUGUUAGGCAUGAAACUAAUGACAUGGCGCCCUCCUUCAUCAGAAGGUGACGCUCCUGUUGGGGAUCGGACAGCUCGUACGGCAACUUACCGCGCGGCAAAACAAUUCAAUUUUGAACUCGAGGCGGCAGGGGUGAUCUCUCUUCGAGUUCUUCAGGGAAUGGUUCUUGUGGCACUCUACGAGAUCGGGCACGCAAUCUAUCCUGCCGCGUUCAUGUCUGUAGCAGCGUGUGUACGGUACGCGCAUGGUCUCGGGAUACAACCUGGAGGAAUGCAGCGGCUGAAACUACCGUUAACGUGGGUGGAAGAGGAGGAACGGAAGAGGGUGUGGUGGUCUGUCUUUUUAUUAGAUCGAUUCGUCGGCGUGACUUCUCCAGGCUGUCCAGCUGCAAUAGAUGAACCUGGGUCAGACAAUCCUCUACCCACAGAUGACGCGCUUUGGGAUGAAGGCGCUACAAAAGUGCCUUGUUCCCCCUUGCUACACAAUCCCGUCAGCAUGGAAUUUGGGAGGUUUGCAUUGUUGAUCCAAGCUUUCGUGCUACUAUCCAAAGUGUCUCGGCUCACGUCUUCGCGAGAUGUCCCACCGCAACUCUUCAAAGACGAGGCACAACAGUUAGAACGCACAGUCAAGGCGCUGCUUUACUUUGGACAGAUGGAGUGCAAGUGGCGAAAUGGGAUGCCGAGCUGUGAGCUUCAUUCAGUCUCCCAGAUCUCCUUGCUAACAAUAUACACCUCUUCAUCGAUUCCCGUGCAAAUGCCAGAUAAUUUUAUAGAAUCUCUUGCCGACGUGUUGGAUAGUUCCAAUUACGAGCAUCUGACUUCGGUCCUACUUUUGAAGAGAGAACGACCUAGCAACGGAGAUUGGAGCGAAACACGGGUAGAGAAGUUAAAGGACGCGUUAAUGUGGUUGAACAAGAGAUGGCAGCUCGCAGGUGUAUUUCGCCAGGCGCUAGAAGCCCAGCAAAUCGCAUUGACGAGAGAAGGUUGA